GUUUACAGGAUGCGGAAGAGGAGCGUUAUCACCGCCUUUGCGGUGGGCUGCAGGUCGAUGCCUGUCUGCUUCCUCCCAACAGCACUUUUCACCGCCAGUGUCAAAGCUUGCAUGUGCUUGCAUGGUCGUACCGUUUGAAGCAGACCCUUUUCACGGCCACUAACAGAAAUUGCGAGCUCACAUUCACUUCCACCGUUGACCGUUCUCUGUUUUCUGAUUCCAGGAAGCCCUUCUCGGCUCAGAGUCCCGUCUCCCGGUUCCCGUCUCCCGUUCCUGUCUUUCGUCUUCUGUCACUUCAUUUCUGGAAACUGCUUUCGGGACGUCACAUAAAUAUUCGCACUUUCCCACAUUUAUUCCCACUCCCAACUUACAACAGAGUCCACCGCCACCACCACAACCGCACAUUUGGUAGUCUCCAAGCCAGUGUCUUUCACGUCAAACAUGUCGCCCGCCCCAUUCCUUGCCGGCCUUGGGCACACGCCCGCGCCGGCUUCAAAUGCUGUGACGCGCCCUGACACAGUAGAUCCUGAGCACACGACCUUGUAUCAACGCUACCAGCUCUUACAACAGUACGACAAGGACAGAAAUGACUUCAUAAGCGAACUGCUUAUGCGCUAUGAGUAUCUCAGUCAACAAUACCAAACCCUCGCCUCUCAAAGCAUGCAUAGUGUCGAAGGCGAAGUAGCUUGGAAGACCGAGAAGUCCAUGUUACAAAGUGUGGUUCUGCAGUAUCAGCGGGCUCUAUCCGAGAACCCCUUCGUCAUGGUCUUGAUUGAUGGUGACGGCAUGAUUUUUCACGACGAUUUUCUUCGCGACGGAGAAGCUGGCGGCCGCCGUGCCGCCUCGCAGCUUGACACAGCUGUACGCAGCUGGAUCGAGAGUGAGGAUAGGGAUGUACCCCUCACCUCUCGUAUCAUCUGCCGAAUUUAUGCCAAUGUCCGCGGCCUUGGAGACGUGUUAGUCAGGACCGGCGCAAUCGAAGCAACAGAAGACUUUGAAGACUUUGUGCGAGGGUUUACUCGAGCGAAGACUAUGUUUGACUUCAUAGAUGUUGGCGCCGGGAAAGAUCGUGCAGACGAGAAGAUCAUCGAAAACUUUAAGAUCUUCUCGCAAGACUAUCAUUGUCGCCGACUUCUCUUCGGCUGCUCGCAUGACAACGGCUACGCCCGAGUGCUUGAAGAGUGCUCAGACAAACCUGAGGUCGUAAGCAAGGUUAUCCUGCUCGAAGGCGUGCCUUUCGAGAAGGAGUUGCUACCUCUCCCGUACGGUACGAAAAAGUUUUCCGACGUUUUCCGUGACUCAAAACUUGUUGUCUGGAACAAUUCUUAUGGCCCAAGUCAGCAUCGUCGUGUCUCGGAUACAGUGUCUCCAUCCCGAAAGGCAUACGACAUCUCAACUAGGCCCCCAGGCCGUUACCCAGCAUCCACGCCACAGGUUAUGGACAGCCCCAUUCCAUCCAGGGCUACUGCCGUUGGCUUACCUCGCACACCUUCAUCGUCCACGAUAGCAUCUGACGGGUUUGUCACUAACAAAGCCGCUCCCCUCAUGAACAGCUGGGCAGCAAAGGCAGCUGCGCCUCCGCCCCCGAUGUCUGUUGUACCAUCAUACGAGCCUGCUGACCGUAACGAGGUCAUUGCACGCAACCGAGCUGGGCAGCGCAUCGAUCCACCUUGCAAAGAUUAUGACAAGACGGAAGUUGACCGCGUCAAGAAACUCAAGUUGUGCAACGUUCACUUUUUAAGACAAGAAUGCCCAUACGGUAUGCAGUGUACGCAUCAGCACAACUAUGAUCCAGCCCGCAGUGAGAUUGCCACUCUCCGUCUCGUUGCGCGCAUGUCGCCUUGCAUCAACGGCACCGGCUGCCAAGAUAUCAAGUGCAUCUUCGGCCAUCGCUGCCCUGCUCCGCCGAAUAGGGCAAAGGUUCCCAAAGGAAUCAAAUCCUGCAUCUUCGCCGAUGCAUGCAAAUUUCCCAUUGAAUUGCAUGAUAUUGACACCAAUGUCGUCAAGACGCUUGUCAUUCGCUAAGGAGGUGGACGCUGGCAUCUCGAUGUCGUGAACAGGGUAUGAUGUGAUCAGCGUACCAAUAACUCCUUUCCUUGUAUAUUACAAUAAUCGAAGUAACACUACAUUGAUCUUCCAGCUGUCUUUUAAAUGUCUAUUGAAUAGUGCAAUCACUUUACGUUUUCUUCGUAGCAAAGGGAGAAAAGGGAGAAAGAACAUGGAUUGGUCGCCUGAUCGAUAUUUUGCGCGGUUGUGGUGGCGUGCAUGAUGCAGCUCAGCCGGUCCAGCCAUCACAUGCUGAUUUGCCUCGUGGCCUCAGAAGCAGCGGCUAUCCGCAUUCUCACAGCCCUCAGC